AUGCUGCUUGGUGGCUCUAGCUCGAAGACUGUGGUAUCGCGUGGAGUGCGGAGUCUGUUCAGCAAAAAUAGGCCUCCAACAGCUGUAGAGCGCAGGGGGAGAGAUGUAACAAUAGCAGACGGCCUUGGGCCACCGCUGAAAGUUGUACAAUCGAAGUUCAUGCCGCAUUGGCAGGGAUUCAUCGCAGAUGAUGAUGUGCAGUUCCCGAGAAUUCGCCGUCCGAUAUCUCCCGGCUCCAUCGUGUUAUCAACAAUUCAGCCCGACUCUAGGCCUGCCAAAUUCCUAAAUUUAGGCAGAAGGAGGCUGUCGGGUGGCGAGUGA